CCGAGAACGCGACCCUAACACUAACAUCCGGUGUAUUCCGAGAGUCGGAAACGGAAACGGCUGCUUGAUCGAUUAAUCGACGCACACGGCAACAUGAAGAUCGCUCUGCUGCUGCUGGCCGUCGCGGCCUUCGCCUCAGCUCAAAGGAUCACGACGAUCCAGCUGGACGGCGUGCAGUACUUCGUCUCGAGGAUGAACCCGUACAGCCCGGAGCUGAACUACUUCCUGGCGUACCAGUACUGUCGCUCGCUCGGCCUGCAGCUCGCCUCGUUCGAGACCAAGGAGAAGGCCGACACGAUGACGCAGUACUUGAAGAACGCCGGCUACGUCAAGUACGACUUCUGGACGUCGGGCAACAAGCUGGGCACGGACAUGUUCCUCUGGAUGAGCACGGGGCUGCCGUUCAACGCCACCUUCGACUACAUGUUGAGGCGACCUGGCAACAGACCCGCGGACGUGCCGCCGGGCACCGAGCCUCAACGGGUAGCGCGCGAAAGCGGCGACAGCGGCAGCGCGGACGGAUGCGUCGCGAUGGUGGCACCGACGUUAGCCUGGGAGGCGCAGGACUGCACCCUGGUUAAGGACUUCAUUUGCGAGCAGACAAGAUGCUACUACUACAACUACGGCAGCAUUCCAGUCUCUGCGACUCAGGGAAAUCGCAGACCCUACAUAACAACCACCUCGGCGCCAGCCAGCGACGACCAGGUCGACGACCACGAUGGAAGCAGCGGGAUCAAGAGCGACGGGAACCAGGGGGGCAACACCGACGAAGAGAAAAACGGGACACCAGAAGAGCACGGGAGCACCGUCGACGAAAAAUUACCUGAAGACCCGGUCGUCAGCAGGCUGAUCACCACGGCCGUUUCCGCAUCUGACAAGCAGCAGCAGCAGCAGCAGCAGCAGCAACAGCAACAACAACAGCAGCAGCAGCAGCAGCAGCAGCAUCAUCAAUCGACGUCCUCGCCCGUCGUCACCGAGGACAACGAGGAGCCCACCAACCCCGACAGCCUGGACAAUACCAGACCAGACCACCUGCCGGACAUCACCAGCCUGUUCUCCGACAGUCCUGCCCCUCAAGCCAGAAAGGACAACGUGUUCGAAGGGCUGCAGACUCGAGAAGUGCACCGUUCAUCCCUAAGACCCUCGUCCACCGAGAUGAAAGUGGAGCACAGAGAGUCUCCCGACUACUUCGAGGCCCAGUCCGAGACCGAGUCGCCCAACACCGGUUUAGAGGACGCCCACACCGACGGCCCGUACGACAGUGUGCAGGACUACUACAUGAACGACCAACCGGAAGCCGGGGCUGCGGGGUUGGCAACCGGGACGGGGUCGGCCGCAAUGGCGGCGGCCGAGCCGUCGAUGAUGAAGGAUCAGGACGACGACAGCAGCACGAUCCUGCCAGAGGCGGAACCGGCCUACAGGUACAACAUUAAAGUGCGCACCAACGGCAAAGUAUUAGAUCCUCCGUCCAAGUAACGCUUUAAAACACUUUAGGCAUCGUCGCGUUAUUCGUUGAGUAAGUGAAGAGAGAAAGAGAGAGAGAGAGAGAGAGAGAGAGAACGAGAGAAACAGAGAAAACGAGAGAGAGAGAAAGAGAGAGAGAUUCGAGGAAUGGAAACAACUAGAUGUAUUUUUGCGUUUACGUUCUAUUCAUUUGUGUAUAUCGUGUCGUCGCGCGGCCGAUCCCCGCACGCGUCGUCGGGGAUCGUUCGUCGCUUGUCAUCGAUCAUCCUUUCAUUCUGAUUCGAGGAUCAUCGGAUCCCCUUUCGCCGGGGUUCCCCGAUCGGCGGGAGAGCGAUAACGGGAGAGUAUCCAAGCGAUCCGGGAGUGGGACGAGAAUUCAUUUCAGAUCGAUCCCCGACGGUUUCGAGCUCCUCGGAGAGCCGGCCUUCAUUUCGCUGGAUCUAGAGGGCACGUUAAACCGUCGGUUGCAGUAAUGAUUAUUUAUGCAGUCCCUCGGUACUCGGGAGAAGCGAUUUACAGGGAGCGGAGCUGAAGGCGCCCGGAGCAGAAGGGAGGAAUCGAGCGUCGAGGAGCCUCGGACGCAAAAAAGUUCAUCCGAAUAACGAUCAACGGACCGAAUGAGUUCAGGAGACGAGGAGGAUCAACGCGAGCACACGGCGUUCGACUUAAUGAUAAUUUGCUCAAGGGAAAUUAACCGAACUCCCCUCCCCGCCGGCCGGGAGCCCCGGCGACGAUCAUUUCUCGCAGGGGCAUUUUCUCGGUCCAUUCGGAAACCCGAUCCUUUAAUCGCGAACAUUCCGUGGCGCAUGGCGGACGUAGCGUACAUCGUCGUGCAAUAAUAUCGAUCCUCCUAUCCUUCGGCCAGCUUUCAUCGUCGUCAUCAUCAUCGGGCUAACCCCAUCACUCAUUAACCAUCCGGCUGUUCGCUCGUGGCUCGUUAGAUAAUUACAGGAGCGUGAGGACUCGUCUGCGUGGGAUCUCAGGCAUUAAAGUUAGAAUGGAAGAAACGUGAUCGAAUGGUGGAUGGCAGAAAGAGAGAAUCAGGGAGAAUCGGAGAGAAUCAGAGGGGAAGAAAGGGAAAGAGCUAUUAUCAUUAGUAAGGCUAACUGGAAUCAUUAUUGGUGUUGGGUUGGGUGUCCGCCAGCGCCACGAACCGCCACACUCGCACAUAUCACACGCACACACGCCUACAGACACGCUCACAGACACACCAACUAUCGAAGUAAUCAUCUUAGGUAACGUUUAUCCGUACGUCUGCAAGAUGAAACGUUUCGCGGUGGAUUCCGCGAUGAUUCUUGCCCGACGAUCGUUCGAAUAUCGGCCCGUAACACGAAUGCGUUCGGAUAUGUCCAACGAUCUUCUCGUGUUAUUAGUUUCACGGAUUACCGACGCGAUAGCGCUGGAUUCAGAUUCAUCCGGCUUCUCGAUCCUCGCGGUCGGAAGCGUUUGCGAUCGGUUGUAAUGGGACUUAUUGGAAUUAGAACGCCUGCGCCCGAACCUGUUCGUGUUAUUGCUUAAUGCAUCGGAGGUAGCGCUAAGUACUCUUCGCGUUUAUUAGGAAGCUUCGUGAAUAACGAAGAGAGCACAUCGAUCGACGUUCCCGAUGAUCUUGAGUUUCGAUUUCGAUCGAUUCGUCGUUAACACCGUGAAUCGAGCGACUCGGAAUGCGAAAAGACUUUCCGUGCCUCUGAUGGAAAGAAUUCGUUUGAACGUUUCCAUGGAAAAGUUCAGUACGAGGUUGUUGUUGGUAUUCGAACGAGAUCGGUGCGGAAUAUUAACGAUCGAAGCACGGAAACACGGCCGGCAACGUUUCGGUCAUCCAGACGUACCAUCGACGCCACGCGCGCGUAAUUUCGGGACGAUUCUUUAACCGCCUACGAUAAGUCAUCGUGUCAUCAUGGAUCUUGGUUAUCAUUACGUAAAAGGAAAAUGCGAACGGCGCGAAUGUGUAACUUGUGUAAUUGAAUAUUAAUAAAGGUACGAGUACAUUCUUACGUA